AUGGCUCUGCAAGCAGCAGUGGCCACGCCUGCGACUGACUGUGGCCGUGCCGGCACUGCGACGACGGCCGAUCCUCUCAAUAGUGGCUCAGAUCCCCAGCGGCCAGACGACAACGACCUUUUGAGCACCGUGGCAGACGAACACCGUGGCAGAGCUCAUGAGUCUAGCGACACUCAAUCCGGUCCAGAUGCGGCCACUAGUAGCGAUGCUACCCUCGUGUCCAGGGGCAAUCAGCAUCAUUCUGCCACUACAGCGACUGGGCGCUUUAACUUGCGGUCAAAGAGAGAGCACGCGGACGUCGCGGCGGAUAGCCCGGCGAAGCAAACAGAGGGCGGUCACUCGGGCAAGGCAAGCAGGUCGCGGCCCAAGCAAAAGAAGCGAAAGUCCCAGACUCGGAUGCGCGACCACACAGUGGAGAGCAUGGCCAGGCUUGCUGGAGCGAAGUCGACCAAGCGUGUUCCGGAAAGCAUCGACGAGAAGACUAUGCAUUCGCAGUACUUUAGAACACAGCCCGCAGGAACGAUGGACCAUGAAAUCGACGCUUUCUCCGAGCUCUAA